AUGACCACAGAGCUGAUCAUGGAUUUAGAUCUGAAUCUAGCAUAUCACUUGAGUCUCUUGAAGAUUGAUGAUUCUGAUGAUCGUGACGACGAUAUCGUGCUGGCUCCAAUCUUUACUGGCCCAGUUCUCAAUCAUUCCGAUCACCGCCCAUCCCAGUUUGGCCUGUUGGGGGGACUGAAAAAGCUGGAAGCACCUGGUGUUCCAAUUUCUCGCAAACAGGUUUUUGAAAAAGACCCGCGACUGUUUUUCAAUGUUUCAUCACCAUCGAGUACCUUCAUCUGCGGCUCUCAGGGGUCGGGUAAAAGCCAUACGUUAUCCUGCAUACUGGAGGGCUGUUUGAUCCCUUCCAAGGCUGGUAGACUUUCAAAUCCCUUGACAGCUGUCGUUUUUCACUAUGACACUUUCAUUUGCGAUAGUGGCGGCUCUCCUUGUGAGGCUGCAUUCCUCGCGUCCCAUCCUCAGAUCAAUGUCAGAGUUCUGUGUGCUCCAACAAAUAUUAGAACUAUAAAGGGGACCUACGCAAGGUUCAACAUUAAAGUGGAGCCUUUACAGAUAGAUCAAGCUAAUCUGAACACCAAGCGCAUGCUCGAUCUUAUGGCUGUGGGCCAAGAUAAAGGGCCACUACCUUUGUACAUGCAUACUGUCCAGCGUAUUCUACGGGAAAUGCGUCUUUUGCAGCAGGAGCACGCGUCCCAAUUCGAUUACCAAGAAUUCAAAAGGCGAGUUCUUGAUUCUGAUCUUCUCCCUGGUCAACUUGAGCCGUUGAAACAGCGUCUCGAGACGCUUGAGAGCUUCAUGCCUUCCCAGCAAGCAAAGCCACCCGGUGGGAGAAACAAAAACAAGGGAAAGUCCCAAUGCGCAGGCUCGAGCUGGGCACCAAAGCCAUCACAAUUGACGAUCAUUGAUCUUUCCUGCCCGUGCAUCUCUCCUGAUACGGCCUGUUCCCUAUUCAAUAUUUGCUUUGAAAUCUUCAUGGAGCAGGACACGAAAAUUGGCCGAGUAGUUGCACUCGAUGAGGCCCACAAGUAUAUGAAAGAUUCAGUCGAAGCGCGCAACUUUACAGACACCCUUCUUUCAACUGUCAGGUUGCAACGCCACCUUGGGGCCCGCAUCCUCAUUUCCACCCAAGAGCCAACCAUUUCAAGCGAUCUCCUCAGUCUAUGCUCGGUGACCGUUGUCCACAGAUUCUCCUCGCCAGAAUGGUUACGUGCAUUACAAGAGCACUUUUCAUUGUUCUACCGAAUUGUCAAUCUUCGCGUGGGUGAGGCCUUGCUGUUCUCCCCUGGUGCGGCAUUGUGUUCUUCGGCAGAAACCCCUGACUCUCCAGGCUUGAGUAGACUAGGUGCUGGAUAUUUAGUAAUCAAGAUCCGAAAAAGAUUGACGGAAGACGGUGGAAAAAGUGUUACAUCGUCUUAG